GGGUUUUGUUAUAUCGGGUCACAAUCUCGGGCCCAUUUCGGAUCCGAUACGACCCGAACUGGAUCGUUCUCAUCUGCCAUCUCAUUUCAACGAAGACGCUUCGAGCUUUGAUUCCAAUCUGGAGAGGAUAAUUCCACCAUUACGAAAAAAAGAUCAAUUAGGUUUUCGUAACUAUGAGACAGCAGGGGCAAUAUUCUGAUUCAGGACUAGGCGCAUAUUCAGUUUCUCAAAUGCAUCAUGUUCCCAGUCAAAUGGUGGAACAAAGCCACCCUGAUCCUUUUGAAGGACGGUUGGAAGCAUUCACUCCCGAGAGAGAGCAUUCGUAUGUAGCUUCAAAAAAUGAGGAUCAAUGGAGAUGGGAAAGAGAUGAGUCGAAGAUGCCAAAUUCUAUGACCUCUCACAUGUUCAAUGAAGGUCAAGGUCAAGGGGGUGAUGCCACAAGAUCAUACUUUCAAGGUCAGAGACCUAACCCAAAAUUGGGUCUCGAGAAAGGAAGCAACAACGAUCCCAGAUCUCAAUCCCAUGGAAAAAACAUGGAAAGUAGGUUUGGAGACGGUCCACUGCCACAGAACUUUGACGGUCUCGAGCAGAAAUUUAUUGAUGAUAUCAUUAAAUUGACUAAGGAGCAAAAUGAUGCAGAGGACGAGGAAAAUGCUAGACAUAGAGAGAGAAUUUUGGCAAUCAAUGCUCAAUAUGAGGAACAAUUAGCAGCACUUCGAGUUCGGCAUGCUGGUCGUCGUGAUGAGUUACUACGAAGGGAAUCAACUGCACGGCAACAUCAAUACCAGAAGGGAAUAAUGGACCAUUACCCAAAUGGGGGCAUUGGCCCAGGCGAUCCUCGUGGCAAUAGUGGAGUUACAAACUUGGCUGCUUCUGGACAAGCACAUCAAAAUUAUGAAUCAGAACACUUUGAUUCCUUCAGAGAACGAGCUCGAUUUCUUGGGAAUUCUGCACGGGAUCCUAAUUUGGAUCCUAGAGGUUCCUAUCCAGGGGGUCGAGUUUACGACACUGCCUCACGGUUAGGUUCCAAUGGCAACAUCACGUGGCAUGUGGUUGUACAUUUUGCUUUGCCUCCAGAUCUUGACCAGGUGGUCUCACUUUUCUCUUUCUUCUUAUUUCCUUAAAAAAAAAUAUCUUCUUGUUUAUUAGAUUUUAAUUUUUGUAUUUUUUAACCAAUCCUAAACUUAGUUGUUUAAUAUUAAUCUUUGUUCAAUUUGUAUGCAGUUCAAAAUAUGGUUGUGAUCUCUGUACUUUGAAAUUUGUUCAAUUUUAGUCCAUGUACUUUUAAAUAA